AUGUUUGAUAUAAUCCCAGCUGACACCAAUUAUUUUAAAUUUGUGGACAACAAAUGGGUAGGUAUUGGAGAAGCUGAACAAGAUUUUAAUAACAACUUUUUCAAGCCUCCAGAUUUUCCACAAAUUGGGUCGGAAUGGAUAGCCAAAAUCAUAUCAUUCCAAAAUGUGAAACUUUCAAACCAACCUAGCUGUAAAUGUAGAAUCUUCAGUCUCCGAACCCUUCAGAAGUAUUUAGUGAAAAUAUCUCUCAUCAAACACAAGACAGACAUAUUUUCGGUGCUUGAAAUUCCAAUUCCUGUACCGACGUUUGAAGCAGUUACAGCAUACAACAACAGGCAGGUCACGGAGCUGAAGAUCAAGAGCAAUCCAUAUUCCAAAGCCUUCCGGUACCCCAAAAGCAGAAUGAAAAAGCCUUCAGUUUCUCUCUCUGAUAAGAAGACCAAUAAACAUCAAAACAAAAAAAUCCCAACAUCAAGAAUGGAUAUGUUCACGGAAAGCUUUGAUGAAAUUCACCACAUACAACAACCAUCACAAUCUACGGCCUUGCAGAACGACAGACGGAGACCAAAAUCAGAAUUGAAGAACGAUCAAGGUACUCAAACAGAACUGUCAAUGGCGGAUGGAAACUUAUGGUGCAUGUUACCAGUCUGUCCAAUUGUAAGGAAUCUUUUAAACAUGGCGACCUCUCCAUCAUGUCCUCGCAAUAUGAAUCCUGACAUCAACUCACUGAGGCAAUAUUUUGAGGCAUUGUAGCAGGUGGAAUUAUACUCUGUAGAGAAGAGAAUUCCUUGCAACAAGAAUAUGUAUAUAUUUUAAAUCGAGAAUUGCUAGAGGAAAAUCUUGGUGAAAAAUAGAUUGCUUUUGUAUUAUUUUCAUGUUAUAUUUUCAUUGAAAUAAAUGUCUGUG